UUUGAAAUAAGCCAGAAAAAUCAACAAACACAAGUUGUGAACGGUGAGAUUUUUUCGCUUCAGCGUUGCAGUAGUAUCGCUGUAUAUACGGGACGUACCUUUUCAUAUCAACAGAACGACUUCGAGAGACAUGAAACAAACUUUUCUGAGCGAACUUUGUCAGUGUUUGUGCCGUUAGCUUAUGCUAGCAGUCGAGCCAUGCCUUUACGGUCGGUACCGUCGUCAUAGCAGCUUUUAACCGACAAACGUGAGCCGUUGGAACAAUGAUACAGGUUUUUGCUGUUUGAGUGAUUAGAUAACAUUCAGUUACACAAGGAAUAGCCAAGCUAAUCUGAUAUCUCACCAUGAACCCAUCCAAUCCGUUUGGUAGUCCACAAGGAGGAGCUUUCCAAGCUCCAAGUAGCACCAUGAAGACUGGCUUGUUCCCGUCAUUUGGACAGCAGAGUUCCAGCAGUCAGCCCCAAAGUAUGGGUUUUUUUCAGCCAUCCGCAUUUGGACAGCCGUCUGCCCUGAACCAAUCGUCAACCCAUGGAAGUACCAUGUUUGGACAACCUCCUACCUUUGGACAGCCAUCUGCACAGACCUCAUCGUUGCCUACAGUAAGCACGGCGUUAGGAAUGAGCAGCUCGGGCUUUAGCAGUAGCACACCACCAGCUUUUGGACAGACUAGUGGACCAAAUCAGAGCACAGUUUUUGGGCAGGUACCUUCAUUUGGGCAACCCUCUGCCUUUGGUCAGCCUCCAGGAUUUGGCCAGCAGACCACAGGAUUUGUCAAACAGCCACCAGCUUUUGGCCAACAAUCAUCUGGGUUUGGAAACUCCCAGAUGGCUACAAGUGGCUCCACCACUGCCUUAGGGCAGCCUCAGCCACUUGGUUUUGGACAGCCUGCAUUUGGACAGCCAUCGUCUACCACUGUUACCACCAGUGUAUUUGGUGCAGCUCAGACCGUGACACAGAGCAGAGGCUUUGGAUCAACUGAAUUCAGCUUCAAGCCGGCUAAUGAAGCCCUUUUCAAGCCCAUCUUCAGUGCAAGCCCUGAGCCUGCUAAUCCUCAGACUACUACAAUGUCAAGCUCACCUUUUGGUAGUGGUGGCUCCCAGACAAGCUCAAGCACCAUGACUACCAGCAGCACCACCACUGGCUUCACUUUACUGACUGGCGCUAAGUCUGGGCCUCUGGGCUUCAGCUUCUCACAACCAGCUGCAGCCCCCUCUAUUUCAGCUCAGAACAAUCCAUUAACAACUGGCAAUAGCAGUGGUCCUACCACCGCCCUUCAGUUUACAUUUUCCCAGCCAGCUGCCCCCUCCAGCUCCAGCACAAAGGCCUCCACCACAGAGCCCACCACCCCAUCAUCUUUUAGCUUUUCAGCCAAAACCUACCAAACACAGCCAGCACCCCUUUUUGGGGGAACCAAUUUCGGUCAGCCCUCAGCUUUUAGUGACACCAAAGCUAAAGCAGAGAUCGGCGCUGACGAUGAAGGGAGCAGCAUCGCAGGCCUCGGGGACACAAAUGUCUUUGCACGAUUGGGCAAAGGCACCAAGCGCAAGGAUGAUCCAGAAGUGUCUGGUUUGGAAAAGCCUGCUGCUGAGGAGGAUGUUCCACCUGAAGGGGAUUCACCAAGACUUCCCUCAAAGAGGCCGCUAAUGAGGUCCCGAGGUGCACUAGGAGGCUUAUUUACUAGAGCACUAUGUAGUAUUCGUAAGGAUGGCAUUAACCCAGUGAGGCGAGAGGCCACAAAGGAGACUCAGCAGCAGCAGCCACCAACGUGGGAGACGGAGAGGGAAGAAGUUCAAGCUCAGAGCGAUAACCUGUCAGUCGCACCCCCGGCAGUACAGACACUGACCAGGGAUGUGGUGGAAAAAGCUGAGGAGUCAACCUUAGCAGCAGCCCCAGACCAAACAACUGAAACCGUGACCCCUGUGAGACGUGGCAUGCGCAGCGAGAGCUUGGACAGUUUGAGCGGGAUGUCUCCCACUGACUGCACCACCAUCAUGUGCAGAAAUGUUCCUCCAGCACUGAACAAAAAGGAUACCAUCGAGAAGCACUUUGCUCGUUUUGGCAAAGUCCGUAAGGUCUUCUGCCGGCCGGGAAAGAACCUGGCCAUAGUGCACUUCGAUGACCACGCAUCAGCAGCAAGAGCAAAGAAAAAAGGCAAAAUCCUGCACAGACAAGAGCUCCUUCUCCUGUGGCAGAGAAAGAAGCAAAGUCCAGGGGACAAAAAGAGCGGACCUGCAGCAGGAAAGGAGGAGGCAGAGGGAGAAAAUCAAGAGGACGCAGAGUCCAAGGCUGCUUCCUCCCCACUCAGAAGACCUCAACUCAGACCUCCUGCACUCAGCAGCAUGGCAACCUUCAGCCGCAGCUCUCCAGUAAAGAAGUCGUCCCUGGCCAAGACCCUGCAGUUCGACACCGAAUCCCAGAAAGAGAGCAGCCCUGACACCCAGAGCUCAGAGCGCCCCGUCCCCUCCUCCCUCCUCCCUCUCAUUGGCCAGGUGGCGGAGACCGCUGAGGACAAGUACCGCAUCCUGGAGCAGAGAGACAAGAUCCUGCGUCAAGGUCGGCCCAAGCGUACAGACCUGGACCUGUCUAAGGUGUUUGUGGGGACGUGUCCCGACAUGUGUCCAGAGAAGGAGAGGUACAUGAGGGAAACGCGAAAGCAGCUCAGCUUAUUUGAGGUCAUCCCAAACACUGAAAUGGUGGAUCACACAGCGGCCAUCAAGGAGUACAGCCGCUCAUCAGCUGAUCAAGAGGAGCCCCUGCCCCACGAGUUGCGCCCCCUGCCUGUGCUCAGCAGGACCAUGGACUAUCUGGUGACUCAGAUCAUGGACCAGGACCAUGAAAACUAUCGAGACUGGUAUGACUUUGUGUGGAACAGGACCCGCGGCAUCCGUAAGGACAUCACCCAGCAGCGCCUAUGCUGCCCUCACACAGUGUCACUGAUUGAGAAGUGCACACGCUUCCAUGUACACUGCGCCCACCACCUCUGUGAAGAGCAUAUGUCAUCUUUCGACGCCAAAAUCAACAACGAGAACAUGACAAAGUGCUUGCAGAGUCUCAAAGAAAUGUACCAGGACCUGGCUGCACGUCAGGUCUUUUGCCCUCAUGAGGCUGAGUUCCGCCAGUACAACGUGCUGCUGAAACUUGAUGACGGAGACAUCCUACGUGAAGUGCAGCAGUUCCGCGACGAGGUCCGUAACUCCCCUCAGGUGAAGUUUGCAGUGCAGGCAUUUGCUGCAGUCAACAGCAACAACUUUGUGCGAUUCUUCAAGCUGGUGAAAGGAGCGUCGUACCUCGCCAGCUGCCUCCUGCACAGAUACUUCAAUCAGGUUCGAGCUAAGGCCCUUAAAACCCUUAACAUAGCCCACACUCUGGGUCCACGACAAACUGCGUUCCCAGUUGAGGAUGUAGUUCGGAUGUUAAUGUUCCGCAGCACUGCAGAAGCAACUGAUUUCAUUCAACAAUACGGCCUCAACGUCAGUGAUAAUAUCGUCGAGCUAAGUCGAAACGCCUAUCAGGAGCCAGAGCUGCCCCUGUCCCAGAAGAAGUCAGUGGUCAUCCUUGCAAAGAAAACAGUGUUGAUAGGAGAGGUGGUGAAUGGAGGCCCCCUUCCAAACCCUCCCCAGCACACCCCCGUCUGCAGCUUUGACUCCCAGAACAAGUACCGUGGAGAAGGCCCUCUGGCUGAGUCCACGUCAAGCCAGUUCAAAGCCAUUCCUGACAGGGUGGAGAUUAUGGCGCCACCCAGCAUGGAGUUGCUGUCUCAGGUCGUGCCAGUCAAGGCUCCAGAUGCGCCCACUUCAUUUGGCCUGCCCACAGCUGUUCCAGAGGAGGGUUGGCAGCCCGGUGAAUCGUAUCAGCCUGUAGCUCACCCAGCAGAGCCCCAGCAGCUGUUCCAGCCCAUCUCUCAACCACCGCCUGUCAAACCGCCGUCGCCUCCACCCAAACCUCAGCCAGUGUACAGCAAUGAGGACAUUAAGGCUGAGCUCGACUGUGUGAUAGAAGAAGUGCUCGAUGCAGCAGUGAGGGAGGUAGCCGAUGCUGGUGCCAGCUACGCCACAGCAGCUCUCGCGGAGAGCAGUGAGCAGGUGGAGUCACUGGUGGGUGAGGUGUUGGGACAGAUGUUGCAGGAUGUGUCCUCCACCGAGAUCAAGCUGGAACAAGAGCGUGUCGCAGAAGAGCAGCGCAAGCUUGAAGAAGCCCGGAGGAGACAGGAGCAUGAGGCCUUCCUGGCUCAGUUCGGCUUCUCUCUCUGCACCGAGAUCAUCAAUGAAGUGUUGGAUGAGACCAUACAGGAGACUGCCAACUCCGAGAUCCAAGAGGCAGUGAAUGAGAAAGCACAACGUGUGGCUAAAUGCACAGAGCAGGUGUGCUCCAGCCUCGUCGAGGAGACUUUGAAUGCAGACAUAGCUCUGUUGGUUGAAGCCAUCCUCGAAGCUGAGCUGCAGCGCAUCCACAAGUACAUCAAGAGGUGGCGCGAUGUGGUCGCAGUCCGACGUCAGCUGAAGAGACAGAUGAGAGGGUUUCCUGCAGCUCCUUGCUGUGUUGACCCUCGUUUCAAACUGAAGGCUCUGGCCCCCAGCGCCCCUGCUCAGCCCUCCCUAGCAGAACUGGCCCGUGGUCUGGUCAACCUGGGUAACGCCGGCACAUUAGCCCUAUCAAGCACCAGAUUGUUGAAAAUGAGACAAGGAGCAAUCCACCAGAUGAGAGUCCACUACUACUAUCAGCAGCUACUAGAUGAGACGGUGUGGGCUCCACUCGACCUGCCAGCACUGGUGACAGAAAAUAUCCCCAACCCUCCUGACAGAAUCUUCUGGAAAGCUGUUCUCCUCUUACCCAGCGACGACGAGAGCGUAGCCAGCGUGGCAGACAGGAUCCUAUCAGACUGGCUGGAGGUGAAACUUGGUGGUGACAAGGGCUCCGAAGUCAGGGGGGAGCAGCCAGAUGGCAUCCUGCAGACCCUCUGUGUCACCAACACACUGCAGGAGAGCAGACGACACACGCACAAAGUCCACAUCAGCGUCAAGGCGUCCCGAGGUCCACUAACUAAUGACAGCCUGUCCAAAGUGGAGGAGUGCAGUGAGCUCCAGGGGACCGAAGCCCUCAUCAUGCUGCUCCCUGCCCUUCCCAUCAUCGAGGCCAGCCACGGCGAGCAGGAUGUGCCUCUGCUGUCAGCGUUGCUUCAGCUCAAACAGCUACAGCAAGCCAGCACCUGGCACUGCCCCCUGCCUCUGGUCAUUCUGGUGCCAGGGCCAGACGGUGGCACUGCCCAAGCACAGAAGCUUGAGGAAGCCUUGAUGUUAAACACACUGAUGGAGGAGGGCCUAAUAUCAGAGUACAUGUUCUUCUUCAUACCAGAGACCACCAGUGACCUACAGGGAUCCAAACAGCUGAGCCAGGCCAUGUGUUGGCUGCUGGCUCGUGCUCCUCCCCCCUCCCCCCUCUCCUUCCAGACCCUGGUGCAGCUCAUUGAGACCACCCUGAGUCGUGAGUUCAGUCCUCGCAUUCAUGCCAACCGCCAGGAGCGAGCCUCUGCUCACCUUCCCCAUCAGGAUCCAGUCCCUGUCAUCCAGUUGUACAACGCAGUCCUGGCUCACGUUGCUGACAAAGUGUCCUCCCAGGACCUCAGCCGACUCUCAUGGCCGCCAGUUGAAUUCUGCCAGCCUGACACUCGUGACUUUGUCCCUCAUCUGGCUUGGAACUCUACCCAGCACUUGGAUUGGCUCCGCAAAGCCAUCUUCAGCUUGCAGCUACCACAGUGGGAGCAGCUUUUUGCAACAGACUCGUGGCCUGAGCUCUGCUCCUCCAUCUUUUGCUAUGCUGCUCAGAUCCCGGUCUCACCUCGCACUCAGCCGCUUCUAAUGUCACGGCUGGAAAACCUUCUAGAAAGGGUCCGACUAAAGAGCCAGCAUACCCGGACCCCUGGAUCCAAGGUAACCAAGGGAAAGCUUAGCGAUGGAGUGGAAAGUGUACGUACGGCCUUCAGUCAAAUUCCAUGGGAUGAUGUGGUGGUGAUUUGCAUUGACCACAAGCUGAAAGACUGGCAGAUACCUGGACCACCUGUCUGUGAAGAUGCUGUGACGGAGGACGGGGAGAUCCAGGUUUACUUCUCUGCAGAAUCACUGAAGGGCUUCGAGCCACCAGCAGAGUGGACACAGGCCGUCACACAGACACACAGGGAGAAGCAGCAAGAGAAGGAUGGGGCGAGUGCAGCUGCCUUCGCCACACCCACCAGUCUGUCCCUCAGGCAGAGGUUGUUCCACAGUGUGAUGGAGCCCGUCGAAGCACCAAAAGCCUCACUGGAUAUCACACACACUCCCACAGCACAGGAGCUGCUGGCCCACAGAGUCCUCCUGAGCUUAGAGGAGGAGAAGACUGAAAGCAAGAGGAGCAUGGAGCAGCUUCAGCGCUGGCUGGAUGGUGACCCUUUGGACCACUUGUCCACACCGCUCUUCAUUCCAUCCUCCACCCUGCUGUCCAUGCCCACAACCAUAACGCACGCCCCCACAACCAGAACCAGAGAGGCCACUUCCACACAGGAGGCAGAGCCUGAUGAGCAGUCGGAGAGAGCAGCCUGGCCUAAGACCUCUCCUGUAUCUCUGACAUGGCGAAUGAAGGAACUCGAACGACAAAUUCUGGCGAGCCGAGAGGAAGAACUGGCCUGCAGACUAAAGCUGACUGGUCUGCUGGGCAUUGUAGAUGACUGAAGAGGUGACCCUGCAGAUAUACAGACUUUUAGAACGUACCAAUUUAUUUACUGAGCUCAUGGCGGUCUAUUAUGUAUUGAAUUCAUUAUUUUGUAAAUUGCCAUUUGUUUUAUCAUUGUGGUGGACAGGUUCACCGAUUGCAAAUGUGUGUAUUAUAGUUAAAGUCUAGGUUUGAAAAAAGAAGAGAGGAAAAUCAGUAUUUUUACACUUGGUUUAAUUUUGUAAUACUGGCUUUGGAUUUAAAACUUUUAAGCGUGUGUGUGCAAGUACAGUGUGUCACAUUUUGUUAGGUUGAGUUACUUAGAUUAUAUUUGUCAAGCUGAUGAAAUGCUUCCACUUUUACUUUUUUGUGGCCUGGUCUUUGUACUGUUGAAGAUGAAAUUGUCAAACAACCAAAUUAUUAAAUAAAAGUGUUAUUUUUCAUGUAA